AUGUUCGAGCAGCAGAUCAAAGCUGAGCCUAUGAAUUUCUACACAUCACAUUCACAUAUAAACACCGGCCCGCCUACAAUAGUCCGUUCAGAUUCACAUGGCAUCAUUAUGAACCAGCAUCUUCCACAAGAGGACUCCAAAGACAGCCUCAUACAACACCAAGUACACCAACAGGAGCUGCUGGAACAGCACCAACAGGAUAUGCAACAUGAACAGGAUGAUGAUGAUGUUGAUAAUCUAAGUUUCAAAGGUAUGGACGAUGAAGGCGUUGAAAUGGACAUGGACGGACGGCAAUGCUCUCAGGGUAUGGGUGUCGAUUUGGGAUCGGUUCAGACGAAGAUGGAAGUGUCUAACGGUCAAGGUGUGCCACGAUCUAAACCUCAAGCUUGUAAGGUUUGCGGCAAAGUGUUGUCAUCGGCGUCUUCGUAUUAUGUCCACAUGAAACUACACUCGGGCAACAAACCUUUUCAGUGCACGGUAUGCGACGCAGCGUUCUGCCGCAAGCCAUACUUAGAAGUGCACAUGCGCACGCACACAGGAGAAAGACCUUUCCAAUGCGAUCUAUGUCUCAAGAGAUUCACGCAGAAGUCCAGUCUCAAUACGCACAAACGUGUACACACCGAUGAGCACCUUCGCGCAUUGAUGGUGAAGGAGCGGCCGUACAAGUGUGACCUCUGUCAGAUGCGCUUCACGCAGAGCUCCAGCCUCAACCGCCACAAGAAAAUACACACGGAGGAGCACAGACGAGCCCUGUUAGAGAAAGUGCGGCCGUACCAGUGCCACAUCUGUUUUAUGCGCUUCACUCAGAAGUCCAGCCUUGGCCGACAUGGAAAGAUACACACGGAGGAGCACAUCCAAUCGCUGAUCAACAAAGUGCGCCCCUAUCAAUGCGACAUCUGUGACAAGCGCUUCACUCAGAAGUCCAGCCUGGGCACUCAUAAACGUAUACACACCGUCGUUGUCUUUGAUAACGCGUCGGAGAUUGGCUGGGGGCCGCCGAAUCAAGGCACGCGAGCCGUAUUGCGUCGGCGACGUGCGUUACUCGCUUUUGUGUGUGCACUGGGCGCAGUGCAAGGGCGUCCAUUCGCGUGCGGGCUUUGCCCGGCGGCGUUCGCCCGUCGCCCCUACCUGGACAUUCACAUGCGCACGCAUACAGGCGAGCGGCCCUAUCAGUGCGACGCGUGUCUGAAGCGCUUCACGCAGAAGUCCAGCCUCAAUAUCCAUAGACGGACGCACACAGUCCAGGGCAGACCGUUCCAGUGCCUGUCGUGUCCCGCGGCCUUCACCUGCAAGCAAUACCUGGAGAUUCACACGCGGACGCACACGGGUGAGCGGCCGUAUCAGUGCGACAUCUGCCUGAAGCGCUUCACGCAGAAGUCGAGUCUCAACAUUCACAAGCGGACGCACUCAGUGCAGGGCCGGCCCUUCCAGUGUCUGCAGUGUCCGGCGGCCUUCACUUGCAAGCAGUACCUGGAGAUCCACAAUCGCACGCACACGGGCGAGCGGCCCUACCAGUGCGACGUGUGCCUCAAGAGAUUCGCGCAAAAGUCUACGCUGAACAUACACAAAAGAACGCACACGGUGCAAGGGCGGCCGUAUCAGUGCAUGGAGUGCCCGGCGGCGUUCACUUGCAAGCCCUACCUGGAAAUACACAUGCGCACGCACACAGGCGAGCGGCCCUUCGAGUGCGAUGUCUGUUACAAACGCUUCACGCAGAAAUCUACCCUCAACAUUCACAAGCGCAUUCAUACCGGGGAACGCCCCUACGCAUGUGAUAUAUGUCAGAAAAGAUUCGCUGUGAAGAGUUAUGUUACGGCUCACAGGUGGUCGCACGUAGCCGACAAGCCGCUAAGUUGCGAGCGUUGUUCAAUGACAUUCACGUCCAAGUCUCAAUUCGCGUUGCACAUUCGUACGCACGCGGCCGGACCUUGCUACGAGUGUAGCGUGUGCGGUCGCACGUUUGUACGGGACAGCUAUCUUAUACGUCAUCACAAUCGCGUGCACCGCGACAGCCACAGUAAUAUGUCUGCUAAUAGUGGUGUCAUAAGCAACGCUGGUGGAGCUGGAAAUUCAGGCAACUAUGACUCGCCAGGCGUCUGCGAUUUGAGCUUCGUGCCUAUGGUGAACCGUUACCUGACGUCACAGGGCACACAAGUGUCGCUUGACGGCUCCACCAAGAUGUCAGCCAUGUCACCACAGUCCAUCGCUUCUAUUUCGUCCCCCCCUCCGUCGCACACGCCUACCCCCCAGCCCCAACAGAUGACGUCAGGGAUGCGACUCUCGGACUGA